AUGUUUGCAGCAGGGUCCCUUGAAGCGCUAAGGGCGGAUAUUGAGGCCAUAUCACAGUCGCACCCGGAGGAGUAUGAAGAGCUUGCGAGCAUGGUGGAUCAGCUCAGUGGCAUGGUCUCUGCGGGCACGGCCACCUCGCGAGAGGCCGAAAGCAUUGUAAGCACUCUUUAUCAUGCGCUGCACCACAUAAAAACCUAUGCGUCUGUCGAUGCAGCUUUGUCUGCAGCUAAGGUCCGGGCCAAUGCACUGGCCGAAGAGACGGGGGCGCUAUCUGCUAUCCCCAGUGCCUUUCCUCCUUGGGGCAAGCCCACCGUCUACGAUCCACAGAAUCCUAUCACCCACAUUACGGCGGUUAUUGUAGACCAACCCCACACCAUGAUGGACAGGAACCAUCCAUACACACAGUACAGGAUGAUUUUCAAGUCGGAACUACCUGCGAACAAGCGCUACUACAUGGUCUAUCGACGCUUCAACGAUGUAAAGCGGCUAGCUGCCACCUUGCUGGAUCUUAAGGUGGGACCCUUGCCCUCUCUACCACCUCAAAGAUCCGUAUUUCAGAGCCUGUAUGACCCCCUUUUCAUAGAAGAUAGGCGAAAGCGCCUAGCAGAAUACCUUCAGCUUCUUAGUUCCACACUAAGCGUCGUUCAGACGGAUGCCUUUCAACACUUUCUCACAGAGCAUGGGCAAUAUCGUUCUAUUGAGGAAGGAUACACAUAG